AUGGAAGAAGGGAAUCAGACUGGGAUGGUUCUCUUCCACUUCCGCCCCUUCUCCCGACUCCCCGAGGUGCAGAUGCUGAUCUUUGUGGUCUUUCUCAUCAUGUACCUGGUCAGCAUCGGAGGAAACAUGUCCAUCGUCCUCACCAUCUGGAUCAAUCGCUGUCUCCACACCCCUAUGUACUUCUUCCUGGCGAACCUGGCUAGCCUGGAGAUCUUCUAUUCUUCUACCAUAGCUCCCCUGACUCUGGCCAGCGUCCUGUCCACAGAGAGAACUGUGGUCUCCCUGGCAGGCUGUGGUGCCCAGAUGUUCUUCUUCAUCUUCCUGGGCAGUGCUGACUGUAUUCUGCUGGCAAUCAUGGCCUAUGACCGGUUUGUGGCCAUCUGUUACCCUCUGCGCUACACCCUCAUCAUGAGCUGGCACUUGUGUGUCCAGCUGGCCCUAGGCUCACUGUUUCUGGGUUUCAUCUUGGCCAUGCAGUUGACUGUGCUCAUCUUCCGUCUGCCUUUCUGUAGCAGUAAGGAAAUCAGCCUGUUCUACUGCGAUGUCCUCCCUGUCAUGAGGCUGGCCUGUGCAGACACCCAUGUCCACGAGGCCACUCUGUUUGUGGUCAGUGUCAUCGUCCUCACCAUCCCUUUCCUCCUCAUCACUCUGUCCUAUGUCUUCAUCGUGGAUGCCAUCCUGAAGAUCCGCUCAGCUGAGGGGAGGCACAAAGCCUUCUCC